UUGGCGCUCUCUGUCAGGAAUGGAAUUGGGCAUGCGCUUCGUUUGGCGUUGAAGGAUGCUUAUGGGAGCGAUUAUAUCAAUAAUGGAUGGAAGACGUUCUUGGAAAAGGGAGCUCCAGUCGUAUACGUCACACCUGCUCUUCAUAUGGAUCUAGCUUCGUAUAUAGCCUCAGAAUUUGGAAUCGCUGAUGUAGUGUUGUUACCAAAGCUUGAAGGGGAUAUGAGCGAAAUCGAAGGCAGAAUUGAUCACCAUGCAUUCGAACGUAUCCUCGACGAGGACGUUGCUGCCGGCAAGAAACCUUUGUUGGUUAUAGCUGUUGUUGGAUCGACAAUUCUUGGACAAAACGACAUGGUCUCGAAAAUCCUCGAGAUCCGGAAGAAACAUCGCUUCUGGCUUCAUAUUGUUGGUCAGUUAUAA